CUCCGGUCGUAUCUCACGCCACCUCACUACGCCGCCCUCCGCGCGCUCGAGUGCGGCUUGGCGUGCAAAAACUUUCCUUAACGGAGGUGGAUCUGCGUCGUUUGGGUUCCAGCACUCCACCCCCGUCUCCACCUUCUGCCGCGGAGGACCUGCACGGCUGGUUAACUGGUUUGUGGACCUGGUUCCACUCUGGGUUUGGGUCUCUUUGGUGAUGCCUCCAGACUGGAGUCGCUCCGGGACGCACCCGAACCGGCCAGGUCCACCUGUUUUACACGACCUACGACUUUGUGAAAGCUGCUGGCGCGGGAAAAUGAAGGAAAACUGAUUUUUUUCUUCUUCUUUUUUUGAGAGAAUAUCAGAGCCCAGAGAUGGAUGGAUCAUUUUGGAUCACACGGUUUCAUCUCACGGGUUAGACAGAACCACACGAUGCCGCAUCCGCCCCUGAGGUUACUGUGUUUGUGGCUGUGCAGCGAGGCCGUGGCGAGUCAACUCCACUGGCAGAAAACAAAGACGACUUUCAGUCCUCAUUAUGAAUCCACCGCCGCUGACAAGAAUGCGCAGAGCCGGAGAUGGCGCACAGUCAGCUGGGAGGACAAUGGGGGGUUGCGCGGUGCCAGUGCUCAGGCCUCGUGGCUGGAUACUGUAAACCGGUCGUCCUCUGAGCCGCUGGGGACGGAGGUACACCGGCGCGCUGUGCGUAAAAGUGACUCGCAAAAUGGAGAUCGGCGCAUCCGACUUGAAGAAGCUUUACGCACGGAUGGAGACAAGGUCAGUGAGCCGCGGAGUGGUGGAUGCAGUCCGGGAAAGGUGCUUAAACAAACCCGACAUGGACCCACCUGCAGACCUGAGAGGACCGGACAGCACCGGCGGCAGAGGCGGAGUGCCAAACCCGGCAGGAUGAAGCACAGCGAGCCGCUGCAGGACGGAGCCGCGGCUGCGUUGGAGGCUCUGCCCGCGGUCAUGGCGCAGGAGCAAGAGGCCUCUCCGCCCUUCGGACUCAACACCAGCGACUACGAGGAGGAGUACUCUCUGCCGGACUUCCCCGACCCCACGCCGCUCGCGCCGGUGAACACGCGGAGCAGACGCAAGCAGGUGAAGAACCCGUUCUACCCGCUCACCGCGGAGUCUUACGGCGCGUACGCGGUGAUGAUCACGGCCGUCAUCAUCUUCACCGUGGGGAUCAUCGGGAACGUGUCGGUCAUGUGCAUCGUGUGUCACAACUACUACAUGAGGAGCAUCUCCAACUCGCUGCUGGCCAACCUCGCGCUGUGGGACUUCGUCAUCGUCUUCUUCUGCCUGCCGCUGGUGGUGUUUCACGAGCUCACCAAGAACUGGCUGCUGGGAGAGUUCUCGUGCAGGAUCAUCCCGUACCUGGAGGUGGUGUCUCUCGGGGUCACGACCUUCACGCUGUGCGCUCUGUGCAUCGAUCGUUUCCGAGCCGCCACCAACGUUCAGAUGUACUACGAGAUGAUCGAGAACUGGGCGUCCACCUCGGCCAAGCUCGCCGUCAUCUGGGUGGGCGCUCUGCUGCUGGCGCUACCCGAGCUGCUGAUCCGACAGCUGGUCACCGAGGACGGCGACCCGCCCGACGUGAGGCCGUGCGAGCGCUGCGUGGUCCGGAUCUCCACUGAGCUUCCGGACACGCUGUACGUCCUGGGACUCACGUACGACGGCGCGCGGCUCUGGUGGUACUUCGGCUGCUACUUCUGCCUGCCCACGCUCUUCACCAUCUGCAGCUCGCUGGUCACCGCACGCAAGAUCCGCCGCGCCGAGCGGGCCUGCGUCCGCGGCAGCAAGAAGCAGAUCCAGCUGGAGAGCCAGAUGAACUGUGCCGUGGUGGCGUUGGCCAUCCUCUACGGCUUCUGCAUCAUCCCGGAGAACAUCUGCAACAUAGUCAGCGUCUACAUGGCGGCCGGCGUUCCCGCGAGAACCCUGGACAUCCUGCAUCUGGUGAGCCAGCUGCUGCUCUUCUGUAAGUCUGCGGUGACGCCGGUGCUGCUGUUCUGCCUGUGCCAGCCGUUUACCAAAGCCUUCCUGGACUGCUGCUGCUGCUGCUGCGAAGAGUGCGGCCCGCCGCGGUCCCCCGUCACCGCCACCAGCGACGUCGACAACGAGUGCACCACCACCGAGCUGGAGCUGUCACCGUUCAGCACCAUGCGCAGGGAGGCGUCCACCUCCGCCGCCUACGCUGUCGUGGGGACACACUGCUGAGGUCGAAGGUCGAAGGAGAGCUUGCUCCGGGUCAUUCCUCUGAUGUGAUCCUGUGAUCGGCGGACGCGUUUGAUGUAUCAGGCCACAAACUCUUGGAGUGGAAUCGACCCGAACUGUCGAGCAAGUGUUUUUACUGACGGACAGACUGACGCCGCCGUCCGUCCUCUCGCCGUUCACAGAGUUUAUCUUUGACACAGUCGGUGUUAGUUCACAGCGUUUUAGUUCUUUCACUAACUCACACGUGUUUCCACUGAAGCUGCAUCCUGUUCAUUCUCACUGUUUGUGGACGAGCAUCAUUUUUAUGCCCUUUUUUAAAUUUUUCCGUUGAAAAUUGAUUUUAUUUUAGUUAGUUGUGUUGAAUUUAUAUUUAAAGUGAAGUAAAUAGUUAGUAGUCGUUAUUGGGGGGGGGGGUAGAGCAGGUUGGCUGCUGAUCCUGUGGUUGGCGGUUCGAUUCGACGGUUGCAUCAGGAGGGGCGUCUGGCGUAAAACCGAUCCCGAAUCAAAUAUACUGAUGGUGACCCAGUGUGGCGACCACGCGCAUUAUUCCACAUAUAUUCUCAAUUCGAUUCGAUUCGAUUCAAUUUGAUUCGAUUCGAUUCGAUUCUUGAGCUCCGUGACGGUGGAUUGUUUUCUUGCCUGUUACUCGAUGCUUGAUUGACGUUUGGAAAUCAAACACUGAGGAUGGGUUCGGGUUGAAUGACUUCUUCCUUACGUUUUCCGUCGCUCGUGUCCGGGCGCCAUCUACAGGGUCAGCGAGCUAAACUCAUGUCAGGAGAAAAUGUAAACCGGCGCUGUUACAACACUGAAAAGUAUGAGUUGAUUUUUAGAGAUAGUAUCGCGACUCUUUAGUGAAUCGAUUCUUUUUUUUUCACACCUCUACCAUAUAUGUUAAAUUAUUUACUUUCCGCACGCAAUAAAAGGCGGACCUUUAACUGGAAUUAAUUAUUUGGUUACGUGCCAAUCAAAUCUAAAAAUCUAAUUUUCCCCUUUUACCAAGUUGCAUCGUCGUCUGAGGUCAGACAAUAAAGUUUUACCUUAAGUUGGGAAAACGGGCAUAAAGAGUUCUCAUCCACCACAGCUGCUGUCAGCAUCUGUACUUUGUUCUUUUGAAUGUUCUUGUUCUUGGUUCUUUUCUUUGUGUGAGUGAGUCAAAGGGACGGACAGUAAUGUAUUGAGGCGCCGCUGUGUUGUGUUGUUGUUAGCUGAUGUUCUGUCUGUGUGAGUGUUUUGUUCUUCACUCUGUUGGAUAGCAGGAAGCCUCAGUCUGUAAUGUGACAGGUUUGUUUGGCCACAUGAGAAGUAUCACUUUAAUUAAAAGAUAUUUUA